GGGUGUGGUUCCACACCUGGGAACCAAACCUGGGCUGCUGAAGCAGUGAGAGUGAGCAGCUUUAACCACUAGGCCAUCAGGACUGGCUUGAUGAAUUAAAUUCUUCUAAAUUUUGCACCUUUUUUUCUAACUUUCGUCGCACUUCUUUUAGAUGAGCAUUGGUAACUGAGCAUGAGAGAACUUUGGGUGCCUAUUAUAGGCCUCCUAAAUUGAAUAAUUAAAAUCACUGUUUCACUUGAGUUUUAAUUGAAAGAAAAUGUUUUGGCUAGAAUUUUGUUACUCAGCAACAAGAUGUUAGCUCAGCAACAAUCUUCCUCAAGCAAAAAGAGAAAGAUUGGCAAUGGAUGUUAACUCAGGGCCAGUCUUCCUCACACAUACACAAAAAAGAUUCUUCUUAAUGUUAUUGUUUUAUGAAAACUAUGCAUGUCUAAAUUAAGAGUUUAGUAUAUCAGGUACCAGGAACUUCUUUACCUCUUAGGUCCUUCACUGGAGUUGUAUAAUGUUUGUGGGAAUCAUGGGCAAACUUAAAGCAUCAUUGGCAAACUAGAAGAAUUAUGAGUUGAUGGUAAAGUUUAAAAAGAAGAAGUAAAAGAAAGGAACGGAACUCAGAAAAAGUGGCACAUGUGAAGGGUGGUAGCAGUGCCUCAUAGACCGCUUCCUCCUUGUUGAAUAGAAACCUCUUUGUAGGCUUUCUUCAUAACUGGUUUCGCAAUCAACUAUAAAAGUAUUUUUUAAGGUUUUUUUUCAGUGUAACUCAUGAUGAAUGCAAAUUGUGAGAAGUUCAGAUCUUUCUAAAUUGUAAAUUUAAAUGUCUGCCAGACAAGUAGUAGUGAUGGGAAAAUGUAAAUUAAUAUUCAGUAUCAAAUUUUUUUCUAUGUAUUAUCUCCUCUUAUAUUCAAAGGUGACACUCUUCAGUUAGAAAAGAUAAUCUCUGACUUCUUAUACCUUCUGCAGUUCAGCCAUUAUUAACAGAAAUCAUAACCUUUACAUGUUCUGCCAGUUAAAUUUGAAAUUGGCGUGAAGCCUUUGCUUAAAUGAAUCACCCCUAUUUUAUUCAGGAAUUUUGUCUGUUGCAAGUGAUUUUCCUUUGUCCACAGCUAUUCUACAUAAUGUUAUCUAAUGUUUUGUUGCAUCCUUAACACUUUCCUUUCACCUUCCCUGCUUGUAGCUUGUGCUUUCUACAAUUUGGGGUUCCUUUGAAAUCCAUUCUCUGCAUCUGUUCAUAUGUAGAUUUGAUUUGUCACAUUCCAGGACCUCUUUGCAAGUGGUUCUGUUCCCCAGUUUGAGGAUGUUCACAGAAGCAGGUAAGUGACAUAGCUGGGGCCCGAUGUAAGCAAAAAGUCAGGUCUUGCAGCCAUAUGGAACCACUACCCUAACAACUUCUGAUAGGUUCUGGAGCUUGACAGUUCUAAGUGAAAAGGAGCCUGGAAUGUGGAUGGAUCACAUCUAUUACAGGAAGAAAUGAGAAGGUGUUUGGGUUGAUUCUUUUCUAUUUUCUGUUCCUAGAAAUAGUAUGCAUUUUUAGUCCUUAAUAUUUUGGUCUUGCUUACUUUAAUAUUCCAGAAAUAUUUAUUCCUCUUUUGAAAUACACAGACAAGUGGAGUGCCCCUGAUUAUAAUGACUCAGAAAGUAUCUUGCUCUCCUUUCAGGGAAAGUGAAAUUUACAAAUUAAUUCUGGAUGUUUCCCCUAAAAUUGAUUUCCUUCUAUACCAUUAAGUAACCAUUUCUAUUUUCCUUUCCUGGUUAUUAUAUUUGUGCUUAAGCCUAGAUUGGUCAUUGUUGAGUUGUGUUUGAGCAGUGUUUGUUAUGCUAAAAAGGACUUUGAGCUUGGGGGAACUCAUCCUGGGUCUAGAUUGACAUCCAGAACUCCAGGGGUUCCUGUUCCUCUGAGCUAGUGCCUACUAAUCCCAAGGGUUUUUUCCUGAUGCUCUGGCCUGAAAAUAGAAAUACUGCCUUAAUGAGAGGGGUUCAGGAAACAGUAGGCUUCAUUUUUCCUCAGCCUGCCUGGUCUUGGGUGAGUUCAGGAGUGUUGAGAGAGUUCUGAGCCUUCCUGGCAGAGAAGGAAGGUCAGAAAGAGACAAGUCCACAGGCAGGGGGCCAGGUCCCUACUUGCCUCGUUAGGGAGAAUUCAGCGUAGUCUGUCUGGUUGGCAGGGCACACCUAAUGACAGAGACUCAGCAUUUCAGCAGUUUACAAAGGAAAGUGAUAUGAAAGGACAGCUGCAAGUCAGCCACAACCUAGACCUGAGAAGAUCAAGCAUUCACUUCACUUGGAAGAACGAGCAGGAAGGAAGCCGAGGGCUUAGCAGGUCCCCAGAUAUCAGUGGACAGGCCAUGGCUCCACGGUCCCGGCGACGAAGGCACAAGAAACCUCCCUCAUCAGUGACUCCCAUGGUUGUGACCCCACCCACAGUUGUGACCUCUGUGCCUGUGACCCUCUCAAAACCUGGCCCUAGCAUUGAUGCACUUGGCUUCUUCUCCUUGGAGAAUAAUGUUCCUGGCCUAUCCCAGCUGAUCCUUCAAAAGCUGAACAUGAAAAGCUAUGAAGAAUACAAGUUGGUGGUAGAUGGGGGUACUCCUGUGUCAGGCUUUGGAUUUCGAUGCCCUCAAGAAAUGUUCCAGAAGAUGGAGGACACAUUCCGAUUCUGUGCUUACUGUAGAGCACUCCCUAGUGGCCUCUCAGACUCCAAGGUCCUCCGGCAGUGCAAGAGGUGCAGAAAUGUCUAUUACUGUGGUCCAGAGUGCCAGAGGUCAGACCAGCCAGCACACAGGAGGGUUUGUCAAGAGCUGCGUCUUGUAGCUGUGGAUCGUCUCAUGGAAUGGCUUUUGGUCACAGGUGAUUUUGUCCUACCCUCAGGACCUUGGCCAUGGCUGGCUGAAGUUGUACAGGGCUGGGACACCUGGUUUUCUAUGCGGCAUUUACAACUAGAUGCUGCACUGGAUGCUGUGCUACGUAGUCAUGCCAUGACCACCCUCUGGGCCAGUGUAGGACGGCCAAGGCCAGACCCAGAUGUCCUGCAGAGCUCUUUGAAGCGGCUGCUGACAGAUGCCCUGUCACGGCCCUUGACACUGGGCCUUGGGCUUCGGGCCUUGGGGAUAGAUGUUAGGAAGAUUGGGGGAAGCACAGUGCAUGUGGUUGGUGCUUCCCAUGUGGAGACAUUCCUCACUCGCCCUGGGGACUAUGAUGAGCUUAGCUACAUGUUUCCUGGACACCUUGGCCUCCAUGUAAUCAUGGUGGGUGUAGACAUAGCUGCUGGCUUUUUACAGAGCACCUCAACUUCACCCUUGGAACCUGGCACAGUUCAGCUUAGUGGCCAUAAGGGCCUCUAUCAUGACUUCUGGGAGGAGCAGGUAGAGACUGGGCAGAUAGCCCGUCCAGAUUUGGUGGUGGCAUUCCAUCCAGGUUUCCAUGCUUCCCCAGACUUGAUGGAGGCUUGGCUGCCCACCCUCCUGCUACUUCGUGAUUAUGAGAUCCCUACGUUGAUUACUGUUUACAGCCAUCAGGAGUUGGCAGCCUCUUUGCAGAUUCUAGUGGACCUGGAUACACACAUCACUGCCUAUGGAGCUAACCCUUUUGCAUCUCUCAAACCUGAACAGGUCUAUUCCAAUCCCAACAAGCAGCCCGUAUACUGCAGUGCCUACUAUAUCAUGUUUCUUGGAAGCUCCUGCCAGCUGGAUAAAAGGCAAUUGGAAGAGAAAGUAGAUGGUGGGGUUUAAAUAGCUUAACCAGAUCCUGACUGGAUGUCUAGAAAAUGGAGAGAUUGUGAUGAAAUUACCCUGCUGAUGCCAGGUUGUUGCCAACUUUGAAACCCACUAUUUUCUAAACCUUUUCACUUGUCCAGGUAAAGAUUCUAAGCUGAAUGGGAGCUCCUGUAUUAUGUGACUCAUUUCUAAGAAGUUAGCCACAAGUGCCUUCUAGAGACAGCAUUCUAGAUUUAUUGCAUGGCAAGAGGCCCUGAUGUCAGUCUUUCCAAAGCGUAGAGUUCUAACUGUUUCCUUUAUGAGAAAGUUAUACCUUUUGACUUGAACCAGAUGGCACCAAGGAGAAGAAUAGCACCUUAUUCUUCUGAAAAAGACUUUCUUCUUAUCCAGCAGUUUGGGCUAAAAAAUGGAGAAGUGUUAAUGACUUGAAGUGGUGUGAGAAUGGGCAAGUCAGAGAAAUGGUUGGGAACAGGGAGGAGGUUGUGAGGAUUGGCACACUGUUCUAUUUCCUGGCUUUUUUGAGAUAAAUGUCUCAAUUUCCUAUUU